CUGACAGUUCAUUACAAUCAGAGCUGAAUGAUAAACGUAAAACUAUUGGGAAAAUAUAACGCGUUAUUUAAAUAUAUUAUUGUUUAUGCGUAUAUAACGAUUUCACCUAAUUCAGUGCUCUUGAUUAUAAAAAUCUGAUCAGUUUGGACCUUGUGUAAGAUAGUUGUGUAUAUUUCAUCCUACAUUUAUUUGGCUGAUGCAUGAGACAUGGAUUUUCGAGUGUAGAUAAUAGCUGCUCCUUGUUUCUGACUGCCACAUAAAUUGUUAUCAUUGUAAAAAGGAAGACCUAAAUCAUCAAGAUGUGCGGAGGAUUCACCUGCUCUAAAAACGCGCUGAUUGCGCUUAACAUUCUCUAUGUGGUGGUGGCCUCAAUCUUAAUAUCCGUAGCGGUGUACGGGCAGACCUCGUCCCUGGUGAACACCAACCUGCCCAUCCUAGGGGGUAUCCUGGCAUGCGGCGUCCUGCUCAUCUUGAUCUCCUUGCUGGGCAUGGCUGGAGCCGUCAAGCACCACCAAGUUAUGCUGUUCUUUUACAUGGUGAUUCUUUUCCUGUUGUUCCUGGUGCAAUUCUCAGUGGCCUGCGCCUGUCUUGCCGUGAACUCGGACCAACAGGAGAUGUUGGCUAAGCAAGGAUGGAAUAAAGUGAACACGGAAGUGAAGAGUCAGGUGCAGGAGAAAUUCCAGUGCUGCGGGUUCGAGACUAACAUUCGCCCCCUCAACGCCACAUCUGACUACCCCACCUGUGAUGCUGUCAACAAACUUUGCUGCAUGACCUCGGAGGACAAAGACUGUGCCUGCGCCCCCUGCAUGGAAAAACUCAAGGAGCGUAUCGACUACGCCUUCAAGCUAUGCGGAGGCAUCGGGCUAUUCUUCAGCUUCACUGAGUUUCUGGGUGUGUGGUUGACAGUAAGAUACCGUAAUCAAAAGGACCCCCGCGCUAACCCCAGUGCAUUUCUCUGAAUGAUCCGCCGAUACGGACUCACGGCGUUUGCUAACUUGAGCUCUUCGCCGUGUGGCUCGCCCGCCGCUACCGCAACCAACCUGACCCGAACUACAAGGAACCUCACGCUAUUUUCCCGAGGAAGAACUACUUAUACUGAGAAAAACCGAUAAUUUAGACUCCACAACUUAGGAAUACACAGGUUUUAGUUUUAGAUAGUCAAUGAAAUGAUGGGCGAUUAUUUAUUUUGCCAUAAUGGAUUAAAACGCAUUUGUUAAUUAGUCAAUCAUUUCACAAGUAACUUUUUUAAGUUGCUUAUUCUAUCACCUAUGCCCAGUGUUAUAAACGUAUGAGUUACAAUUUUACAAGUCUAAACCGGCAAUAUUUGGCCUAAGCUUCGCGCCAAUGGUGGAUUGUGUGUUAAUCGCUUGUAACUCACUAUAAAAUUGUAACUUUAGGCUCGGGGCACUGUAUACAUACCUAACUAAAAAAUAAUACUCUAUGACUGACGUUAUCAUUAUUCAGCCCUUAAAUAUACAUAGGGCAAACCAUGUCUACGUAAAAAGUCUUGCCAGAAUGUAAACUAGACAAAAACAUAUUAUUAGUAAACCCAACCAUAAUGUUGUUGUUGCUAUCCUUGCAACACUUCAGAAUAAUGUUAUCUGUCAAUCUAUAAAAAAACUUUUAUGCACGGACCAGAAUGAAAGAUUGACUUGAUUGCUUUUAAAUUGACUAUUUCUGACACUUUCUUUUACAGUGUGGUGAAUUAAGUGUAUGUGUUCUGUUCAAUCCCGUCAUUUAUUAAAUAUCUGAAUUAACAAUGCCUAUUAUGGUUAUAUGUCGAAGUUUGUGUCAGUCAUACACCACAAUAGAUAUAUGUGGCCAUUAGGUGGUAUGGUCAUCUAGACGUUCUAGAUUAUUCAUCCUGUGUCCUAUAUAUACAUAGACAGGCAAGAUAAAUCAUUAAAUUACUCAAUAUUUAUUAAUACUGUCUCGACUUAAUCCCGAAUUAGUUGUGGUUUUUGAUUUCAACCGAUCGUUUGCUGUGUGUCUGUAUCGACGAAAACAAAAUAUUGUAAUGUUAUUAUUGUAAAUUGUAAGCCAUACGAUCUCAGGACGACUUUUCUGCGUACAAUUUAGGGCUCAGGUUCAUUGGUCGAACGGGAGCUACUGGCAUUAUCCCCGUAUUCUAAUAAAGGAAUAAGAAAAUAAAUAAAAGCCACAUAAUGUAGGUUCGUAACUGUAUGUCAUUCAUUCAAUGAUAUGCUAACAAAAAACACUUCUAUGAUUUUGGAUAGAACUUGUCUGUUGAAAAAGAUUUACUAUUUGUCAGUUACCUGCGUCAAAUUACUAAUUUGACAAUUAUUGUCAUUUGACAAUUACAAGUACUAAUUGACUUGCCAAUAACAUUUCUGGGUCGAUACUCUUAACAAGCGCCAAUUGUCAAGCUAGUGUAAUAUAAGUCAGUUAAUCACCAGGCCCUAAGUAUUUCACCAAAUUGACAAUUGUCAUUUGACAAUGACAAUUCACCAUACAUUUUGGGAUCACUUUACAUAUUUAGGUUAAGAAAUAUGUGUCAUCAUGCUCAUGAAAGCAUUUUGAAAUGCCUGAUAUGUCAUUGUCUCUUACAAUUUUCAACUUCAUGAAAUACGGACCAGACAGAAAAGAUUCUUUGAUUGAUUGAGUGACUGAAUGAAACAGCGUUUGGUUUCGACAUAUUAAAAUAACUAAAUGAAUGUUUGUCCAACAAAUCAACAAAAUAAAAACGUGAGCAAAAUCCUUUCCUAGUCGUCCAAUGAAAAUGCGCCCUUAGAGAUACGGUUGAUUCCUAGCAAAUAGUAUGUGUAAGUUGUACAUUUGUGUACUAGUCAGUAGUCUAAUUAUUUUGUAGUGUUUCUGGAUCCUUUUGCUUCCAGUAUUUAUUGAAUGGCAAAAUGAGUGAUACUUAGGUAUCUACGCGUAGGAACGUAGUUUUUUUUUGUACAGUCAGGAUGUUAUUUUUUCUUUUACUCAAAUCAUUAGUUACAUUACAAAUUAGAAAAUUACAUUAGUUACAUUACAUUUGCUGCUUAUUGGUAAGAUCUAUACUGCCACACCGGCACACCCAAAAUCACCCACAUUUUUAUAGAAUUUACGCAUCUGAUGCGCUACAAAGGCAAAAGUAUGCGAGCUCUAGAGAUAAUUCACGAAAAUAGUAAAUAGUUUUAGUGCUGGGUGGCCGUCGAUGUGGGAGUGUUGACCUUCUUUUUCAAAGAAAACCAAUUUAUAAAAAUAACCGUUUAACUCACAAAGUGCCGCAUGCACAGAUGAAUAAACGUUACUGUUUAAAACUUAUUUUCAUUUCUUAUGAUAUCCGUGUAAAAUAACAAGCUUUAAUUUUAUACGCUGAUUUACGAUAAAUACCUACUUUAUUUUCUACCAAUGAUUUUAACAUUUUAGUAAAUUUCAUCCUCUACUGGUGUACAAAUGAUUUUUUUUAAGAUAUCUAAGUCUUUGUAAAUUCUAGUGAUGAUUAUUAUGUUGCAAUUUUUUGUUGGAAGUAAGAAUGACCAUGUCGAUAUGUAUUAUAUUAAAAUAUGUAUAUGUUUUAUCGUAAAUCAUUAUAUCAUUAACUAAUCAUUACUUAAUCAAAUAUUGUUGAACCUUCUACUUAAUCUAAGUUAUGAUUAAGUACAAUUCAAUCAUACUUUUUUUUGUGAUGUAGGUAUCUAUUAUUAUAAUUUAAAUUGCUGAUAAAACCUAUUUAAUAAAUGUAUGUUUUAGAUUUCAUGUUUAAUUCUUCAACGGUCAGUCUUGUUUCACCAACUUUACAUUUCGGGGAAAUCAAGCAGCAACGAUAUCCAUCAAUAAUUAUCAACAAUACGAUGGCGAAUUGUCAGUGUCAGAUAACCGUUGUCAAGUUGGUGAAAUAUUUAUUUCACGGAUUUGACAUAGACAAUAUCUAAAUAUUAUCAUUUCUUUUAUCGACCCCGAAAAUUGUCAAGUUUUGAAAUAGGGCCCGAGCUUUAACUAUAGUAGGUAGUACUUAAUCGCGGAUGAAAGUCAUUAAUUCGUCAUUCCGUUGAAGUCCAGAUUAUCUAACGCAUGUAGUUUAAUUUAGAGGUUACUUCACAAAAGACAUACUCUCUUUGAGCAGACACUCUUAAAGUGCUUUAUUUUAUUAAAAGUAUAUCAGUAAUUAUAAUGUGUAUAUUAGCCAUGUGGACUUGUAUAGUAAGUGUACAGCCAGCAUUAGAUGUACCUACACGGCCGCAAUCCAUACUAAUAUUAUAUAGGCGAAAGUGUGUCUGUUUGUCUGUCUGUUAUCUCUUCACGCUUAAGCCGCUGAACCGAUUUAGUUGAAAUUUGGUAUAGACAUAGUUUGAGUCCCGGGAAGGACAUAGGAUAGUUUUUAUGUCGGAAAUCGUCCCUGAAGAGAGUGCAAAGGGGGGUGGAAUUGAAAGAGUUAAUGAAUUGCCUAAUAAUUGGAGUAAGCAAUGCGCGAUGCGCGAUUGAAUGAUUGCUAUUAGCAUUAUCCAGGCGCUAUACCUACUUUAGCUGCUGUCACUAAUUCCACGCAGACGAAGUAGCGGGCAAAAGCUAGUUAUUAAUAUACGGACAUUUCAAAGAGAAAGAUUGAAUAACCAAAUUAGCUUAUACCUUAAACUAAAUGGAUCAGCAAUUAAAGACCGUGACCAUACUCAUCGUAACAGAAUAAAAUAUAUUCUCGCCAAUCUCAUCCGUGAGUUCAUCUGCUGCUGGCUGUACUUCGCAGUGGCAAAGCGUCCAAUAUCUAGGUGCGUAAACAAUGUAAGACUACUGGCGGUCACCACUCAUUAGCGCCUCCAUACUAAUUUACUAUACAUAGAUCAAUUACCCUCCAUCUACUCGUAUUUGUCGUCUUGGUGCGCCGCAGUGGGCUACCGCCUUGAAUGAAUAUGCAACUGACUGCAAAUAAACAGAAAACGGGGGAAAUAGGGAGCCGAGUUGGAGACAUUUGUCUAGUUUACAAGUCCGUUUAGUCACUAUACCUCUUAUUUUUAAGAUUAGAAUUUCUCUAACCUCAAAAGUAGUGCUAAUUAAUUUUUUCUACCUAUGAUAUCUAAUAUUGCUGUAUAAUAAUAUGUAAACGACACUAUAAUUCAGUGCAUACCUAGUUACUCGGAUUUAAUUUUGGAGGAAAAAUGUUACCACUACUUUUGAGGUUAUAAAAUUUCUAAUUUAAAAAACGGGGUAGGUAUAGUUUAUCUAACUUUAGUUAAUUGACUGUUCAUAUGAACGCUUUGCCACUGCUGGGUAGUUUUGUGAGUUGGCUUAGCCGGGCCUUAAAGAUUCGAGCUGUGCCUGUAUGGCUACCGCCAGCAUCGAAAUUAGAAGAUCGUCUAUCUGUUUCUCUUGAAUUCAAGUGACAGAGAUGCCGAUAGAUGAUCUUCAAAUUUCAAGGAUUAUCCAUCUGUUUUCAGUUUAACUAUCCUUAUUUAAUCCAAUUAAGGGGUUUAGCAUAUAAGGCUUGGUCCAAGCUGGCUCAUAACACUACCGUCGAGAGUUGUUACUGUGUGUCGAGUAUCGUUCGAGUUGUGCCCUUCCAGCUCCAUGUAUCUUCUCGGAUUAAAGUGUGUUGAGCAUUACAA